UCGUAGACUGACAGCGUUCAAAGAGUUUUACACGUGACAAGAUUCAGACUGCUUAUCGUAGGUGCGGUUGGUUUGCAAACUUGGAACUUGGCCAGACAUGAACCCCGAGGUAGACUACGGUGCUCCCGGAAGUAGUGGCAACGGAAAGUUGCGACAGUGGCUGAUUGAGCAGGUGGAUUGUGGGAAAUAUCCCGGUUUGGUCUGGGAGAACGACGAGAAAAGCAUCUUCAGGAUACCGUGGAAACACGCCGGCAAACAGGACUACAACCGGGAUGAGGAUGCCGCGCUUUUCAAGGCGUGGGCGCUAUUUAAAGGCAAGUACCGGGAGGGGGUCGACAAGCCUGACCCGCCGACCUGGAAGACGCGUCUUCGCUGUGCCCUCAACAAGAGCAACGACUUUGAGGAACUGGUGGAGCGCAGCCAGCUGGACAUCUCAGACCCCUACAAAGUCUACCACAUCAUCCCCGAGGGGGCCAAAAAAAGGCCCAGAGAAGACGACGGCCCUCUGAGUCCCAUGAGCUAUUCUUUGAAUGCAGCUUAUCCGACCCUCCAAACUCAGACGCCGCAGUACAUUCCCUCUCCGGAAUGUGGCUGGAGAGACUUCGGUCAGGAGCGUGCCUCUUUGCCAGAUCUGCCCUUCAGUCAGUGCCCGUGUCCCCCCCGCAGCCUGCCAUGGCAGGGCCAAUCCGUGGAUAACGGAUACCAGCUAAGAGCCUCAAUUUACUCUUAUGGUCCUGCUGACACGCAGCCCUCACCUUUUAGUCUAGACACCAGCAUCCGAUCAGCAGAGGCACUCCGAGACGUACGCCUACAUAUCACGGUGUAUUUGCGGGACACUCUGGUGAGGGAGGUGACGACCUUCAGCCCAGAAGGGUGCCACAUCACUCCCGCUUCCUCAGAGGAUAAGCACUACUUGUCCAGAGGUGGCUGCGAUGUGGUACUGCUUCCUUCGGACACCCUCUCAGCUCUUAGCAGAGCAGAGGAGCGUCCCGCAAGCCCCUUCGCUUCCUUCGAAAGAGGGGUGCUGUGUUGGAUGGCGCCAGAUGGACUCUAUGCUCAGCGACUGUGUGAGGGCAGAGUUUACUGGCAGGCUGGACUGAGCCCCUGUGGUGACAAGCCUAAAAAGCUCGAGAGAGAGGUCACCUGUAAACUACUACACACGCAGGAUUACCUCACAGAGAUCCAGAGUUAUGGGCUCCAUGGUCGACCACUGACCACUCGCUUCCAGGUUCUUCUGAGUUUUGGAGAUGCGUGUCUUGAUCCCCAAAGAACAGCCUUCAAUGUCCAGGUGGAGCCCCUGUUUGCCAGGCAGCUCUUCUACUACGCCCAGCAGACGGGCGGACACUUCUACCGUAGCUACGAGCAUGCAGGACUCACAGAACAUAUUAGCCUCUCGGAGGACUAUCACAGGGCCCUCACACAGCAUCACAGCCUGCAGGAGUGACCCAAGCAGCUUUGGAAACCCUCCAACAAAGCAAGCUCCGAAGAUGUGUUUAUUCUCAGGCAACGCAUUUUGCUAUACUGCAAAUGUAGAAAUGGAUGUCUGGAACUCUCAAACUGAGAAUGUAUAUUUUGUAGUGUCUUAAUUUCAAGCAAAACAGUUGAACCUCAACAUUUCGAUUUCGGGGGUGGGGGCGAUAUGCCUUGAGUCAGUCACUCAACAUUAUUUCCUCAAAUUGUUUGAACUUUUUCAAAAACUAAUUCGGUUUGGUUGCUAAACAUUUGUAAAUUACAAAGCCAAUGCAAACUAAUGUACUAUCAUUUUGAAAACUCGGUACGCUCUGGGUUCGAUUCUCAGUGCAAGCGUUCCAUUUGUGGAAUAUGCACAUUCUCCUUGUGCUGUGCGUGGGUUUUCUUUAAAUGGUAAACGGACUGCACUUAUAUAGCGCUUUAUCUACACCAGGGGUGUCAAACUCUUUUUUUGUCUCGGGCCGCAUUGUGGUUGUGAUUUCCCUCAGAGGGCCGUUAGAGCAGUGAAACCAUAUACAUUUUUAAUCAUCACCAAAACAUAUUAUUACCAUUACACAACAAAUUGAGGGGUAACUAGUUUUGAAAUCAGAAGACAAGGAUAAUAGUUUGUUCAAGUAUUGUUUAAGUUACUGUAGAAGAAGGGUUUGGUCACAGAAAAAUGCAAUAUCUAAAAAUUAUUGUUUAGUAUUAUAACAAUUUGGAAUUUGGGUACAGUUUUUAGCAAAAAUCACAGAAGUUGACGGGCAUGAUUCGCUUUCGCGGGCCACAUAAAAUGAUGUGGCGGGCCGCAUCUGGCCCCCGGGCCUUGAGUUUAGACACCAGUGAUCUCCACCAUCACAGCGCCCAAAGCGCUUUACAAAGCCUCACAUUCACCCAUUCACACACACACACACACACACAUUCAUACACCAAUGGGCGACUGCUGCCAGGCCCACUGGGAGCAAAUUAGGGUUCAGUGUCUUCCCCAAGGACACUUUGACAUGCGCAGAGUCGUAGCCGGGAUUUGAACCAGUGACUCACCUGCUCUACCUACUGAGCCACAGCCGCCCGCUCUUUGGGUAAAUCUGGCUGCAUGUUAGGUUAAUGGAAGACUCUUAAGUUGCACGUGUGAAUAGCUGUCUGUGUACCAUACCUCUCGCUCAACAUCAACUGGCCAGCCAAUCACAGAACACAUAUAAACAAACAACCAUCCGCACUCACAUUCACACCUACGGGCAAUUUAGUCUUCAUUCAACCUACCAUGCAUGUUUUUGGGAUGUGGGCGGAAACCGGAGUACCUGGAGAAAAUCCACGCAGGCACGGGGAGAACAUGCAAACUCCACACAGGCGAGGCCGGAUUUGAAUCCCGUUUCUCAGAACUGUGAGGCAGAUGUGCUAACCAGUCGCACACCGUGCCGUCCCGAAUUAGUCCACCUAUGAAAAUAUAUUUUUAUACUAUAUAAUUGUAUAUUUCUCACUGUAAUGUAAUGCUCAGCUGUGGAGCAAUAAAACGAGCAAUAGAAAACUGGGUCUUUGUGAAUAAAAAGAGAUGCAUCUGAUGUGAUGUCUUGUUUAAUCGUAAAAAAAAAAAAACAGACUUAAUGAA